UUUAAUGGAGUGAAUACCAGAAUGAUUAGCUAUUUGUAAGUUCUAUGUCCACUUGGCAAUGUCAUUACGUGGCUCUUUUGGAUUCGGUCUGUACUGCGUCAGCUACAGCAGUUACAGGUAGCAUCAAACCAUUAGAUAAUUGCACUGUGGAGGUGACACAACAUGUAUGACUGGGCGCUCCUUUGCUAAUAUUACACCUGGCACAAUGGGCGCAUCUUCUCUGGAAACCCUUGACUAGAUUGUAAGUGUGAUGUGCAAUUGGUGCACCAAGGAUCACUACUAGAGCAUUAUGGAUGGCAUGCCCAGAUCCUGCAAAGCAUGGGAAAAUGAAAACGGAGAACUUUUACAAAUUACACUUGGUGAUUUGGGAUGCACCUUCUUCCAUGGAAACCGAUACCACUAUCGUUUCAGAAGUAGAUACCACUAUUAUUCCUCAAACAGAUACCACCCAUGUCCUGGAAACAGAGGCUGCUAUUCUCCCAGAAACAGAUGCUGCUAUUCUCCCUGAAACAGAUGCUGCUAUUCUCCCUGAAACAGAUGCUACCAUUAUCCCUGAAACAGAGCAUGCUAUUAUCCCUGAAACAGAUCAUGCUACUAUCCCUGAAACAGAUCAUGCUACUAUCCCUGAAACAGAGCAUGCUAUUAUCCCUGAAACAGAUCAUGCUAUUAUUCCUGAAUCAGAUGAUGCUGUUAUCCCUGAGACAGAUAUGGAUUUCAUCCCUGAUUCAGAUAUGGCCAUUGUCCCUGCUACUCCCGCUACCCCUCUCGAUAAUGAGCAAGCUGGUUCAGAGACACAGCCUAAUAAGCGCAGAAGAAAGAAAUCUAUUGUUUGGGAACACUUCACCGUAGAAACUGUGGGUCCUGGACAUACGAGGGCUUGCUGUAAGCAGUGCAAGAAGUCGUUUGCCUAUAUAACUGGCUCCAAGCUGGCAGGCACGAGUCACCUAAAACGGCACAUUGCCCUGGGUAUCUGUCCCGUCAGCCGCCAGAGGAAUCAACUUCUUCUUCCAUAUACUACACCGGGUUCCAAGUCUGCUAGUGCUUAUGGAAGUGCAACUGAUCCACCAAAACGGCGGUACAGGACUGCUCCUGCAAUAGCAAAUGUACCUCUUGACCAAGAGCGAUGCAGUCUUGAGAUUGCCAAGAUGAUUAUCAUGCAUGAGUAUCCUCUACACAUUGUCGAACAUCCAGGUUUCAUUGACUUUGUACGGACUCUCAAUCCGCAUUACAAUAUGGUUAGCUUCAAUACUGUUCAAGGUGAUUGUGUUGCUAUAUACCUGAGGGAAAAGCAAAGACUUUUGAACCUCAUCAGUACAAUACCAGGAAGAGUCAAUCUGACGCUGGAUCUUCGGACUUCAAACCAGAACCUAGGUUAUGUUUUCUUGACUGGACACUUCAUUGAUAGUGAUUGGAAGGUACAUCGCCACAUUCUUAAUGUUGUAAUGGUGCCUUAUCCCGAUUCAGAUCAUGCUUUUAAUCAGGCUGUUGUGGCUUGCCUAUCUGAUUGGAAUUUGGAAGGUAGGUUGUUCACCCUCACUGUCGAUCAGUCCGUCUCCAGCGAAGCUGUUAUUGCGAAUCUGAGAGGUUUGACCUCAGUAAAGAAUCCACAUUUGCUCAAUAGCCAGAUACUGAUUGGGAGUUGCUAUGCUCAUCUGUUAAGUGGUCUUGCACAAGAUGCUCUUGGGUCAAUGGCAGAUACCAUUAAGAAAAUCCGUGAUAGUGUGAAGUAUGUGAGGACUUCAGAAGCUCACGAAGAGAAGUUUGAUGAGCUUAAGCAACAACUUCAAGUACCUAGUACCAAGGACCUGCUGAUUGAUGACCAAACAAGGUGGGAUACAACUUAUCAUAUGCUUGUAGCUGCUUGUGAGCUCAAGGAAGUAUUUGCCUGCUUCGAUGCAUCCGAUCCUGAUUAUAAAUUAACCCCUUCCAUGGAUGAUUGGAAGCAAGUGGAGACUCUCUGCUCUUAUUUGAAGAUUUUGUUUGAUGCCGCAAAUAUAUUGACUGGCCCAACAUACCCAACUGCCAGCACGUUCUUCCAUGAAGUGUCUAAACUUCAUUUGGAUCUCGCACAUGCUGCAACCAGCCAGGACCCAUUUGUAAGCAACCUAAUCAAGCCUUUACAAGAAAAGUUCGACAAAUAUUGGAGGGGAUGCUGCCUUAUUUUGGCGGUUGCAGUAGUCAUGGAUCCAAGAUUCAAGAUGAAACUUGUAGAAUUUAGUUUCUCUAGAAUUUUUGGUGAGGAUGCUGAAACGUGGAUUAGAAUUGUUGAUGAUGGUAUUCACGACCUCUUUCUUGAUUAUUUUGCACCUGUACUUCCUCUUCCGGAAGCUCCAAUGGAGAACGGCACUGAGAGCAUCAUAAAAACAGAGCUGCCGGAUGAAGGAAUGCCUCAGGAAGGAGUGUCUCAUGAAGAGCUGCAACAUGAUGGUACGGUCAUCUCCUUUGGGGACGGGCUCUCAGAUUUUGAUGUCUACAUUUCAGAGAUCAGUAGUGGCCAGCAAACAAAGUCCGAGUUAGAUCAAUAUUUGGAGGAGUCUCUUCUGCCGAGGGUACAAGACUUCGAUCUAUUGGGUUGGUGGAAAUUAAAUAACCUGAAGUACCCUAUUCUUUCCAAGAUGGCUGCUGAUGUUUUGUCCAUACCAAUCUCGACAGUGGAUCCUGAUUCUGUCUUUGACACCCAAAGCAUGAAGAUUGACAGUUAUCGCAGUUCAUUGCGUCCGGUUACACUCGAAGCUCUCGUUUGUGCUAAGAACUGGCUCCAGUCUGGAUCGUCCGAGACUUCUAGUGCAUUUGUGAAAGCUGAAGUUUAGGUUUAGACUUUCGAAUCUUCUUUUCUACUUUUUUAGUUUAGCUUAUCUUUGUGUGGACGACUAUUCAGAGGUUGAAUCCGUAGAUGCUGACUGGUGAAUUCGUGAUUUUCGCUCAUAUGUUAGAUCCGUCCCCCUUUCCAAUCAAAUUAAUCAUAGUAUUUUUGCA